ACAAGUUACGAUUAAAAUAAUUUAAUGUGAUUCGCGUUUGAUGGUAUGAAUUUUAUAAAUGGUAUACCUAUAUAUAAUAAUAUUGUUAUCUAUGUACUCGAGGUCGCGAGAUUCCUAUCAAGCUUUGUGUAAGACGACGCGGAUGGGAGGUUUUUAAUUGGAGUAAUUUUCCACCAUCGUCCGAACCAGAUGCAUCAUCACCUGACCUCGAAAAUUGGACAGACGCAUAAAAGGUGUGUAUAAAUAUGGGCGCGCGACGGCACAGUGAUUUUACAGUGUGUUUCAACUUCAUCCGAGUUUCCUCUACACUGGUAAACGUAGUCUGUGCGAGUUAAGUUUAUACCAAAAACAAUAACAAAAUGGUCUCAAAGCCGUUUGUUUUCGUGUUUGUGCUCAUGUCCGUGGUCGGUGUGUCGUUCUCCGUGACCGAAGAAAACGAUGGUACAAAGGUCGUGGACAAGGAAGAGGACCAUCAUCAGAACAUCCAAGAGGAACUCAAGAAAUUUUUGUCGACGUUAGAGAAAAUCGACAUAGACCAGAUAUUGAACAACCACAGGUUGAUGUCGAACAACGUCAAAUGUUUUCUGAACGAAGGACCGUGUACGGCACAACUGAGGGAAAUGAAAAAAAUGCUACCUGCGCUAGUCAAAGAUAGUUGCGCGUCAUGUACCAAAGAGCAAAAGAACAUUAUCAAAAAAUCCAUGGAGGCAAUUCAAGCUAGACGUCCAAAUGAGUACAAACAAGUUAGCAAAUUUUUUGACCCGGAGGGAAAAUACCAGAAGAAAUUCUUAGAAAACCUAAACACAGAUUAGAUUUUUAAAAAUAAACCUUGAACAUAAUACUUCAGAUAUUUUUACAACAAGGUUCUCAGAUGUAACUAUCUAAUGGAAUAUAGGUAUUGUUAUUUUUAUUAUUAUUACUAUAUACUACUAGAGUACUUGGAGAACAAACGAAGCAGUUGUAUGAAAUAAAUCAGUUUAUAUUAAUAUUUAUAAUAUAACAUUGAAAUUAUUACUAAAAUAAAAUAAAUUUAAAACAA